AUGGAUGUUUUAAAUAGCGCACAAACAGAGUAUAAAAAAAUAGAGGCGAAACAUAUUGAUUUUUUUCCAAAGAUCACUGAGAAAAUGGAAACAUCAACUUUGCGUGAAGUAAACCAAAAAAUACUUCAGGAUUCCACAAGUACAGUAGAGACUGUAAAGCAAAACCUUGCCGAAAUUUUCCGGUCUGUCGAACUUUUAACGUCACAAAUGUCAGAUGAUCAUAAAGAAUUUCAAAAAACGAUAUCAAGAUACGAAAAAGUAAUAGACAAGAAAUGGAAACAGGAUAUUACAAUCGCCAGCAAUCCUGACGCAUUUGUUGAUAAGGAACAAGUUCUUCAAAGAACCAUAGCAUUACAUUUUAUACGCCAAGGCAAAUUUAAAUUAGUGGAUACUUUCAUGCAAGAUACGCAAUUAAUGGACAUCACUAUCGAUUUACAAGAACAAUUUGAUAAUAUGUACAAAAUUUUGGAUGCUAUUGAUAAUUUCAAUUUACGUCCAGCUCUAGAGUGGGCAAAAUCAAAACGCAAAGAAUUAGAACAGAGGGGAAAAGAAGAAUGA